AUGGGAGGCGCGUCGCCGUGUGCAUCCUGCAAGCUGCUGAGGCGCCGCUGCGCCAAGGACUGCAUCUUCGCCCCUUACUUCCCCUCCGACGACCCACACAAGUUCGCCAUCGUCCACAAGGUCUUCGGCGCCAGCAACGUCAGCAAGAUGCUCCAGGAGAUACCGGUGCAACAGAGGGCGGACGCGGUGAGCAGCCUGGUGUACGAGGCCAACGCAAGGGUGCGGGACCCGGUCUACGGCUGCGUCGGGGCCAUCUCCUUCCUCCAGAACCAAGUCUCCCAGCUCCAGAUGCAGCUCGCCGUCGCGCAGGCCGAGAUCCUCUGCAUCCAGAUGCAGCAAGACCCCGCUGCGACCGGUCCCACCCACCUGCAGCUCGACCAACAUCAGCAGCAGCAGCUUGAUGUUCACCAUAGUAAUCUUGACGCCAUGGACAGCAAGUCGCUUCUCCUGGCGAGCACAAUGACCACCACCAAUUUCGGCGCGGUCCAGAACCAUCAUCAUCAGUACCUCAACUUCGCUGCUUCGGGUGGGAACGGCGGCGUCAUGAUCCAGGACCCUCUCAAGCGGGAGUACCUCUGGACUUGA